AAAAGAUUUAAUUUGCAUCAAUGGUUCGACUUGAGAAGCUUGUCUAUGAACAAUUAGUCAAUAUCCGUGCUUUGAAGAGAGAGAGAAUAAUCGGAUCACCAAGAAAAUGGUACUCUGAACCACGUACUCCAGCAAUGACUCUAUAAGCCGUCAAAUUAUUCACAUAAGGAUGGACUGGAUUAAUCUACAAGUUUGUUGAGCCUCUGUUUGCAAGAUUCUUGUACCGAUGGAUGAGAAAUAUCGGAUUAGAUCGAGGAGUGGCCAUGGAAGACUUAGUGUUAUUCUAAGAUAGAGAAUUGAGAAGAGACCCCUUAUUUGAACACAUUUAGAGAGAGGGAUUCCAUCCAUACACUUGGAUUUUGUUCAAUAAGAGAAGAGCAAGAUUUUCAAAAGUAGAAAGAGGUGUAAGAGGCUCUACUGCUCCUGAAUGGUUAUAAGCUGAAGCAAGAGAACGUACAUUGGCUGAUAGUGUUGAAAAUAUUUAUGAAUGGGACAAUUACGUAUAUCAAAAUUACAUGAGUGACAUGACACCAACUGCAAGAGGAACUAUAUUGUAGAAGUUAUUACCAUUGGAAUGGUUCCUCUUUUUCGAUACUUCUAUAAUGAAGUCAUGUACAAGGGAUUGGAAUACUCAAAAGAAUAAUUGGCUAACAUUCCUAAACCAUUCAAGGCUCAAUUAACCACUUGAGGAAGGCAGAAGACAAUUUGAAGUCAAUGUCAACAGAUUUAUUGAUCUAUAUCCAGGAGCAAUCGUUAGAGAGGGUGAAAAAUUUGAUUUCUAAAGAUUCUAUGCUCUUGAAGCAAUCAAUAAUAAUAGAGACCUCAGCAAAUUUGAUUCAUCUUUGAUUGCCUAAUUGAAAUCAGAACUCACUCAAUAGGUUGCUUUAAAGACAAGCACUAAAGUUAAGAAACAAAGAGCUUCCUUCCCAAGUUGGUUAUAGUAAGAUGGAAAGGGACUCUUGGCAUGAUCUAUGACAUAAAAUAUAUAAUACAAACAAAAUUUAACCUCAUUUAAAA